UCAUCGUCGUCGUCGUCGUCGUCGUCACGCGUCAAGCAUCUGGGCGUUCCGGUGAUCGGCCGCCGGACACCGCCAGCAGCCGUUCCGCUGUACGACCGGAGCCAGAAGGGCAACUCCGGCGUCACACUGCAUCCCUGUAUGCGAGGCUACAGCUCCGUGCACACACAGCAGCCGGCUGGACCGAUCCGGGAGUACAACAUCGAUCCCUACAUUCUGCUGGAGGAUGAGCUGAAAUACAUCUUCGAGGAUAUCAGACAGGAAAUCAGCCGCGCCACAAAUCACCAAGAACUGAACAAAAUCGCCGUGUACUACUUCGACGGCCAGGGGAAAGCGUUCCGACCGAUGGUGGCGAUGCUGAUGGCGAAGGCCCUCAACUACCACAUGCACAACGAGAACAGGUACGCCGCACAGCGGCAGAUAGCGAUGAUUUCGGAAAUGAUUCACACCGCCAGCCUAGUGCACGACGAUGUUAUUGAUCAGUCAUUCGCCCGGCGCGGCAAACCGAGCGUGAACGUCCUUUGGAACCAUAAAAAGGUGACACAAGCCGGUGACUACAUCCUUUCGGUCGCCUCGAUGCUGUUGGCCCGCCUGAAGCACGACGAAGUGACACACAUCCUCAGUCAGGUGCUCACCGAUCUGGUGCAGGGUGAGUUUAUGCAGCUCGGCUCGAAGGAAACGGAAAACGAACGCUUCGCCCACUACUUCACGAAGACCUACCGCAAGACGGCCUCGCUAAUAGCCAACAGUUUGAAGGCGGUGGCGGUCCUGUCCGGUGCCGACGAUCAGAUGGCUGAGCUGAGCUUCCAGUACGGCCGAAAUCUUGGGCUCGCGUUCCAGUUCGUCGACGAUCUGCUAGACUUUGUGUCGAGCUCGGAAGCGAUGGGCAAACCGGCUGCCGCCGACCUGAAGCUGGGGCUGGCUACCGCUCCGGUACUGUUUGCCUGUGAGAAGUUUCCCGAGCUGAACCCAAUGAUACUGCGCCGCUUCCGCGAACCCGGCGACGUCGAGCGGGCCUACGAGCUCGUCCACCAGUCGCAGGGCCUCGAACAGACCCGCUUCCUGGCGCGCAAACACUGCAUAGAGGCGCUCCGGCUUGCCUCGCAGAUCAGCGAGUCGCCGUACCAGAAGGGACUCAUCGUGGUCGGUGACUUUGUCCUGAAUCGCAUGAAGUAGUGAAU